AUGGCGACAGUACCAGGGCAAUUGAUAUGGGAGAUAGUUAAGAAGAACAAUUCAUUUUUGGUGAAGCAGUUUGGAAGAGGAACUGCUAGCCUUGAAUUCAGCAAAGAGAGCAACAAUCUCUACAAUCUUAACUCUUACAAGCACUCUGGGUUGGCAAAUAAGAAAACUGUCUCCAUUCAGCCUGGGGAGAAGGAUCAAGCUGUGGUUCUUGCUACAAGUAAGACCAAGAAGCAGAACCAACCUGCAUCUUUGCUUCACAAGUCUGUAAUGAAGAAGGAAUUCCGCCGCAUGGCUAAGGCUGUGGAGAACCAGGUUGGAGAUAACUAUUACAGACCUGAUCUGAAGAAAGCAGCCCUUGCUAGGUUGAGUGCUGUGCACAGGAGCCUGAAGGUAGCCAAGUCUGGUGUCAAGAAGAGGAAUAGACAAGCUUCAAGGAAGUGA